AACCAUUUUGUUUACAAAAUGGAGUCAUGCGUAGCAUUUCCCUCUUGCCUAGUCCUCUCGUCACCGUGCUCCAGGGCUACCGAGAGCAAAUCGCGCUGGUUAGCUUGCCACCUCACUCCGCGUAGCAUCCCGCUCCCCACUGCCCACCGCUACCCUAAUCCUGGGCAGUUAGGUUUUUUAGAAUUCUAAAAAAAACUAAUCCUGCUUGGCAUAUAUUCCCGCUUCCGCCACUAGCUGCGCCGAGCUGCCUGCAACCGCCCAUUACCUGCUCUUCCCCGCCGUCGGUGCUGGUGGGCUGCAAAGGGGAACCCACUUCCCGCCGUCGGUGCUGGUGGGCGACCCGCCGACCGCGCAUAGCUCAUCUCAACCCCGCGGCCAUGCCGUGUCACGUUGCUUUCCACAGCUAGAACCCAAGCAGGGAGGAAGAGAGGCGAUCGAGCAGGGAGGAAGAGAGGCAAUCGAGUAGGGAGGAAGAGAGGUAACCCACGGCCCAUGAGGAUGGAGGGUAUAGGCGUGGCGCACCCGGUCACAUGGCGGAACUAGUCAACCUGCAGUUAAAUUUGGGAGAACACCAGAGUUAUUGGCUGUUUAGUUGCUUGCUGCUUCCAAGCUUUUCAAAGCAGCUUGAACAAUGAACACCAAGUAGGCAUCUGACUGCUCUGGAAUUUGUUACAUAUAACCAUAGACUUCUGCAUGUAUGCAUAGAUCCUAGCCACCACCUUGAUCCUCGUAGCUACAGCCAUAGGCCCCCUGAAGCAUGUACCGGUAGCUUAUUCUUACGCCCCAGUAUAAUGCCCUUCCACAUUU